AUGUUACUCCCUCGUUCUACUCCACUCAUAUCCGCUGUCAUAAUCCUUCUCCUCCUUAACACAACCACAACAACCGCCAACAAAAAUGACGACAACUCUAAUUCCCUUAACAAACGCCACGAAGAAAGCGAUAAGUUUUCUAACUAUUUUUCAUCCCAUAAUAAAAAACACCACAAAAAUUCUAAAUCCCAUAAUUACCGCAAAAAUCGAAGCAGUCGCCAUAAGUCUUCAUUAGACAAAUCAGAAGAAGAUGAUGAUGAUGGUUACAAUUUUUUUAAAAAUGUUGGCAAUUAUUUUACAAAGGACAAUUCUGUAGAUAAAUCAAUAAAAAAAAUAGAAAACGAUGUCAAUAAAGAAUACCACGAUGGCCAUAAUUCAAAAGGUUAUUCAUCAGGUGACGAAUAUAAAUCCGAAAAUCACAAUAGUAAUUCUCAUUCACAAGGUCAUGAAUCAAAAAACGAUUUCUCAGAAGGACAUUCAUCAGGCAAAGGUUAUAAAUCCGGAGACCACUAUGGUAACUCUUAUUCACAAGGCCAUAAUUCAGAAGACGGUUACUCAGAAGGCCAUUCAUCAGGCAAAGAUUAUGGAUCUAAACAACACCAUAGUAACGAUAAUUAUGAUUCUGAAAAAAACCACGAUGGAUAUGGUGAACACCACAAUGGAUAUGGUGAAUCUGAAAGUCAUCACAGAGACAGUAACACUGAAUCUUCACACGAACAUGAUGUCAAUGAUUAUUAUUCACAUAACCAUGGCAAUGACUAUGAAUCACACUCACAACACGACGGAAAUAACUACCAUUCUCAAUCAAAUGAAGACGACUCUUAUCAUUAUAAUCACGGUUCUUCGGGUGACAAUGACGACUCUUAUCAUCAUAAUCACGGUUCUUCGGGUGACAAUAGACAUGGAAAUAACCCCACAACUUGUACCACUGGAGUUGGUGGCGUCGGUGGAACCACUGCUGCUGCCCCAGUUGUUGCUGGAGCCACUACUGCUCCUGGAGCUGCCACUACCUACGUCCCUCCUAAAGCUCCUGGAGCCACUACUGAUCCUCAUGUUGCUGGAGCUGCCACUACCUACGUCCCUCCUAAAGCUCCUGGAGCCACUACUAAUGCCGUUACUGGAACUCCCCAAACCACUGCUAAUGUCGCUGGCGCUCAAACAACUGACAAUGUUCUCAUUGCCCAAACAACUGGUGCACCUGUAAACGCUGCUGGAACUACUGCUAAUGUUGCUGGUGCUAAAACAACCGACAAAGUUAUCGGAGCCCAAACCACUGCUAAUGUUGCUGGUGCUAAAACAACCGACAAAGUUAUCGGUGCCCAAACCACUGCUAAUGUUGCUGAUGCUAAAACAACCGACAAAGUUAUCGGUGCCCAAACCACUGGUGCACCUGUAAACGCUGCUGGAACUACUGCUAAUGUUGCUGGUGCUAAAACAACCGACAAA